AUGGACAUGCUAUCGUCAAGAUCCUACCUGGAACUGUCACAAGAACAAGAAGAAACAUCCAUAAACACCUCCAAUGAAAGCCAUCUAAGACCCCGAAAGGGACCCCAAGCACCGGAGAUCCCCGACCAAGUGACCGACAGAAAUUCGGCUGCUCCGGAUCGUCCCGUGCGGAAAAGAGGCCGACCGAGAUUAGAGGCUAAAGAUGCCACUGCCAUCGAGGAACGCCGUCUGCAGAUCCGACGGGCACAACGUACCUAUCGUCUCAAAAAGGAGAAUACCAUCCAGACUCUCAGGUCUCGUGUCAAUCUACUAGAGCAAACACUACAGAAUGUAUCAAAUCACCUAGACGGAGCGCACUCCGACGCAGUCAAUAACCUCAACAACGACUCGACUCUUCAACCAAGCGUGGACUACCUCGCCCGCACACGAGAACUCAUCCUAGCAGAAAUAAACAAGACGCGAUCCACCUCCGAAAACAACAAUGAUCUCCAACUCGAGCAUACCAACCGUCCAUCGAGAAACAAGGACACAUUCGGCUACAAAGUGUCCCACACAUAUCCUCAGAAGAAUGACCCCAACAUCUCCUCUCCAUACGCACUAUACAACCGCGCCCGCUCCCCAUCCCCACUAAUAAACCGCAUCCUCCCAACAACAACAAUCUACACCUACAGCCACCAAGAAUCGAACCUCUCCCGCCGCCUGCACAGAUUCAGCCUCGAGCACACCUACCGCUGGAUAACCGACGCACGCAGCGAUCCGGCCCUCCUAAUCCGCGUCUUCGGACUCGUGCCCUGCAUCCACGACAUGGCCGGCAUAAGACGGAGUUUCCGACGCACGCUGCGUUCCGAGAUCGGGAGCGGGCUUGAGUUCUCUAAGAUGCCGUUCUACACGCUCGGCGGGGCGGGGAAGCAUUUCCCGCGCGUGGAUGGCGACGGGAACCCCGUGUAUCCCGAGAAUAGUCGGAGACCUGGGAAGAUUUUGCGGCGGAUGGAGAGGAUUUUGCAGCGGGGCGGGAUUCAGGAUUGGGAUGAGGAUUGGAGUGGGGAGCGUGAGCCGGUUGUUGGUAUGUUAGAGGGAAUGGUGGAUGGGAGGAGGGUGCGGAUGGGUGCGGAGGAGAGGAUUCGUUUGCUGGAUCUCGAUGGGGAGUGGUUUGAUUGUCAUGAUGUGCAGGGAUAUUUGGAGCAUCGGGGUCUUAUGCUUGAGGGGUCGGCGGUGAGGCUUGAUGUUCCUGAGGCUUUGGUUGGAGCUCUGUAUGGGGUUUCGCCGGAUCGGGAGACGGUUUCUAGUCUCUAUGCUUCGUCUGAUGGGACUACUCCUGUUGAGAAGAUGGAGUCGGAGUCCUUGACUUCGUCGUCGUAUAGUUUGGAUGUUGAGUGUUUCUUUGACUUACUCCUCGCAAACUUCAGAAUUCUCGGCCGCGCCCCAGGUUUCCGAGUAUGGGACGUAGACGCCGCAUUGCGAUCAGCGAUCUCCCGUCGCCCUUUUACUUAG